ACGGCGACGUUACGUCGACGCUACGCAGCCUUCCGGCGAUAUCGGGACCGCGAAUCACAUGCCAUUAGCAACUUAAUUUUUAACCGAAGUUUCUCAAGUCGUUAUCACUAUGGGAGCUCUUAACCAAAAGAGUACAGUAUGAGGGGUUUAUGUGUUCAGUGUUCCGCGUGGAAGUGUUGUCAGUCGUUGUAUGUGAAGUCGCUAGUUUCGUUUAUAUGGGUGCAUUGGUUGAUUACCCGAUGCGGUCCGUCACUCACUUUCGAUGAUUAAUAACUUAAAUACCCAGUGAGAGUGAUGUCGUUUUGGCAAAAAGUAAAUUCAAAUGUGGCGAAUAAGGACUGAAGAUGAACAGGUCAGGCUACGAGUAUACCGUGCCUGUAUCUACUACCUACUACGCAACGAAUUCAAGGCCCCCGCAAUAUGAACGAGGGUACGGACAGCUUGCACCUGUACCAGUUUACAGUCCCUCCUCUCACCCUCUCUCAAAUUACGCAGACGUGUACGAAGGAAAUAACGAUACGACACUUAGAGCGGAGGAGAGGCAUUGGUAUAUAGAAAACCAUAAAAACUUGCAAAGCUAUAGCUCGAAUAAUGACACUGUAUCACAAGACAAUAAAAUUAAAAAAGAGGAAGAGAAGAAAGUCGAAGUUCAAAUCACGAGAUCGGAUGCGGCGCAGAUUAGGCAAAGACGAAAAGAAGACCGAUGUUCGUGUGAGUGUUGGCCUACAUCAGAUAAUAAUGGCGUGCAAGACAGCGGCAAUGACACCACGAGGUCACUUUCGGGAGUCGACAUGGUGGCAUCGUAUGGCGUGUAUGGAACGUCACAAGAAGAAGAUAGCUCAGGUUUUGCGCGCAUAUCUGAAAAGAAUGCUACAUACAGUCAGAGAAACGAGACUCCGGUGCAGGGUGUAAUAGUCAACCAGCAGGGGAACAGUGCUGUCGUGCGGCCUAUGAAUCCGUCAGAUUCAACGUGCAGCAAGUGCUGCUCGUGGUCUUCAAAUGGCCAAGCAGCAAACUCUGAAGACUAUUGUUGGAUUCACUAUUGCAGACCAGCACUUAUAAUACUACUACUGUUAUUUUUUUUAAUAUUGUUGGGCGUUUCGACAGGGUUCUUAUUGACCAAUAACUAUUUACACUAUCAACCAAGACCUCCCGCCCCCGAAGAAGCAUGUGAGAAGACGUUCUGCAGGUGGGGCGCCGAGUGUGUGUCACUAGGCGACGGUCGUGCCCACUGCGCGUGUCCAACCAGCUGUCCGUCCUCAGCGGCACCCGUAUGCUCCACCGCUGGUAGAACUUACCGUAACCAUUGCUCAUUGCGUAAAGAAGCCUGUGAAAGAAGGCUGAACUUAAGAAUUAAGCAUGAGGGUGAAUGUGAAGCCGGAGACCCGUGCAGUGUCGUGACAUGUCCAACGGGGGCCAGAUGUAUAGUGACCUAUGGCCAGCCUGAAUGCCGGUGUCCGCGGAGCUGUCAGAGACGCAAGACUGUUUGCGGAAGCGACGGUCACGAGUAUCCAUCUGCUUGUCAUCUUGACAAACACGCUUGUGACAAUCAACUUAACAUAACUAUCAAAUAUCAUGGAAAAUGUGAUCCAUGUUUGGAACACGAGUGUGCCGAUGGGGGUAUCUGUCAGCUGAACGAAGUCCGUGCACCCGUGUGUAGAUGUGGGCCUCCGUGCGACUUAGUCGUGCGUCCAGGCUCCGCAGUGUGCGGGUCCGACUACAACGAUUACGUCAGUGAAUGUGCGCUUCGUCGAGAAUCUUGUCGCACUAAACAGGAGCUAUCAAUUGCCUACAGAGGGGAGUGCGCUUCAGCUCAACAUCCAUGCGAAUCUGUGAAAUGCGGCGUGCGCGAGCGUUGCACUCUAGACGCACGCGGCGUGGCCGUGUGUGGGUGCGGGCCUGAUUGUGAUGACGUCAUGCGGCCCGUGUGUGGUUCGGACGAACGCACGUACGACAGUCCCUGCAUGCUCGACCGAACGGCGUGCUUGGACAAUCGAGACAUACGAGUCGCAUAUAUGGGAGCAUGCGGCGUGGAAAAUCCGUGCGCGCGGGCGACAUGUCCGUGGGGCGGUGCGUGCGUCACACGGGGCGGCGCCGCACACUGCUCGUGUCCCGUGUGUGAUUCCACACUAGCGCCUGUCUGCGCCUCCGAUCGCAACACGUACGGCAGCGAGUGCAAGAUGCGUAUGCACGCGUGCCAGACCAGUCGCAGCGACGGCGAUUUGCGCGUUCUUUAUAACGGAACUUGUCAAACAUGUGCGGACUUGAUAUGCGAGGGUGGAGGGGACUGCGACGUAGACGCUGAAUCUGGUCGCCCUGUAUGCCAUUGUAAUCAUAACUGCACGAACACACAGGAAUCGGACGUCGUGUGUGGAACUGACGGUCAGACGUACCCGUCGCGUUGUGAGUUGGACUUGACGACGUGCCGUGAACAGAGCACAUUGCGGCUCGCGUACAAGGGGGACUGUGCACUGUGUGAAGGUGUACAGUGCUCAUUUGGAGCUCACUGUGUGGCCGGUGAAUGCUUGUGCCCAACGGAUUGUUCGAGUGCGCCACGCGAACCCGUUUGCGGUAGCACCAUGCAGACCUAUCCUAACGAAUGCGAACUACAAAAAGCAGCAUGUCGUUUACCACCUCCAGCCAAACUUCAUGUGAUCUUCUACGGCGACUGCAAAGAUAGACUCGCUGUUGUGCCACCAAUUGCAAUGACUACGACCGCGAUGACCACAACUGAGGCCGAGGAGGGUUCGACGGAUUUCUUGGGCGCGACUGAGUUCGGUGGCAGCACGAGCGCCUCGGCGUGCCGUGACAUCCGCUGCGACUUCGACGCCAGCUGCGAGGUCGGCUUCGACGGCUACCCGCGUUGCUCUUGCCUUUUCGAAUGUCCGGUCGACGAUGAAUAUUUUCCGGUUUGCGCGUCUGACUUUCGGCUCUACCCGAGUUUGUGCGCCAUGCGGAAGGAAGGCUGUCAGAAACAGUUGGAGCUCAGACUGAGACCUUUGGAUUUGUGCAAAGGUAUGGAAGUCAGACCGUGCGGUAAUAACAAGGCAAUGAUAGAUAUGUCCACGGGACUGGAAAUCGACUGCGGUAAUGGCCCCCACCGCCAGGAUUGCCCGCCGGGGAGUUAUUGCCACAUAACGUUAACUGCCGCUAGAUGUUGUCCUAAAAACGACACAAAACAAGUAGAUGACAGGAGAAGUGCACACUGCUCGGAGAGUGUUCACGGUUGUUGUCCGGACGGCUCGACCGCAGCCACCGGUCCGGGCGAAGAAGGCUGUCCGGUGGCUACUUCGACAUGUGGUUGUAACCGGCUCGGCUCCAUGUCCGAUAGAUGCGAUGACAGCGGUCAGUGCGUUUGUCGUCCGGGCGUGGGCGGCCUUAAGUGCGAUAGAUGCGAGCCCGGAUAUUGGGGACUGCCACGGAUAGGUUCCGGUCACACUGGAUGCAUACCCUGCGGGUGUUCAGCAUUCGGUUCAGUUCGUGAAGACUGUGAACAAAUGACGGGGCGUUGCGUGUGCCGCGCCGGCGUGCAGGGACAGAAGUGUACGGUGUGCGCCGACCACCGCCGCCGGUUAGGACCCAACGGCUGUUCCGAUCCUGAAAUCGGAGGCGUGGUGGAGUCUUGUGCGGAAUUGUCGUGUUACUUCGGUGCGGUGUGCACGGAGCGUACGGGCGGAGCGCUGUGCGAGUGCGCAGCCGCCGCGUGCCCCGACAGCGACUUGAACAUGUUGGUAUGCGGGAGCGACGGUAAAACUUACGAAUCUGAGUGCCAUCUAAAGUUGCAAGCCUGUCGGACGCAAGAAGAUAUCGUAGUACAAGCCUUCGGGCCCUGUAAGCUGUCCGAAGUGGCUGGUACAGCUGGUCCCCUGCGACCCUCCUCCCCUAUACAGUUUACACAACAGGACGAUGGAGCUGCUUCGAAGUCCACGAGACACUUGCUCAACCCCGACAAGUACUACAACAAAUAUGAAUGGACGAGAAAAGAGACACCCAGUGAUUUUGACAGCAUUCUAUCGGGACAAAAACUGAAGGGAUCACAAACCGCGACAACGGCUACAGUGGGCGCGGUAGGCGCUUUGCUCGGAGACUUGUGCGUGGAGGACGCGGAUUGUUCGGCCCUACCCGGAGCACACUGUGCGCGUGGUGGCUGUGUGUGUCGCCCCGGAUAUAGACCUACUGAACACAGAAAGGCGUGUGUUGAGGAAAUGGCACAAGAAACAACGGAGGAAUAUAGCGCGUGUUUAUCCGAGCCCUGCUACAAUCUCGGGACUUGCAUAGACUUACCCGGUUCGACAUAUACAUGUAUAUGUUCCGAUAUCUACACCGGAGUGAACUGUGAAUCUCAUAUCAAAGACGCUCUGCCAACAACUUACAUCGAAACUCCAUCGUUCGACGGCACGUCCUAUAUACGCCUAAAACCGUUAAAGGCUUACCAUAAGUUGAACAUCGAUAUUGAAUUUAAGGCGUUCUCUGAGAAUGGGGUCAUAUUGUACAAUCAGCAGAAAUCCGACGGAACGGGCGAUUUUGUUUCGCUCGCAUUGGUUAACGGGUAUUUGGAGUUCAGGUACAAUCUUGGAAAUGGUGCAAUAAUUCUAACAUCACUCGAAAAAAUAACGUUAAACGAGUAUCAUAAAGUUUCUGCGAAACGAUAUCAUCGGGACGGCAUUCUAUCCGUUGAUGAUAUGGAAGAUGUGGUCGGUCAGUCGAGUGGCAGUUUGAAGGCUUUAGAUCUCGCCGAGGACGCUUAUAUUGGUGGUGUUCCUACUAAUUAUUCCAGAGUUUAUGACAAUAUCGGGACGCGAACUGGAUUCAUCGGCUGCGUGAAGUACUUGAGAAUAAUACGUCAUCAAGUCACAAAGAAAUUGGGUCGUCCGGACUCAUUAGUCGUGUCAAUAGAUAACGUACGCGAGUGUCAAUCUAAUCCCUGCAUGAGCAUGCCCUGUAGGAACGGAGCCACGUGUAGGGCGGUCGAGGGUUCGACGACUGAAUACACUUGUAACUGUCCCGUCGGAUUUCAAGGAGCCAAUUGUGAUGAGAGAUUAGAUCCUUGCGAAUCGAAUCCGUGCGGGUAUGAUGAGGGGCUAUUGUGUGAUAUUGGUCCGGACGGCGGGCACGUUUGCCGAUGUUUGUUCGGAGGCGACCCCGAUUCCAAUGGAAACACGUGCAAUAAUGACGUAAACGUCGUCCAAGAAACAUGGUCACCUCAGUUCAACGGGACCAGUUAUGUCGAAUUGCCACCUCUCGAAGGUGUAGGAAAAGCGUUUCGAAUCGAAAUUUGGUUUUUAACGAACCGAUUUUCCGGAAUGCUCCUUUACACCGGCCAGUCCAAUAAAGCUAGGGGAGAUUUUAUAGCGAUUAACUUAGUUAAUGGAUACCUACAGUUUAGGUACAAUUUGGGGAGCGGAAUCGCCAAUAUCACGUCGCCUGUAGCAAUUACGAAAGGUAGGUGGCAUCGGGUGCGCGCGUCUCGCUCGGGGCGUCACGGCAGCCUGCAGCUCGACCAGCUACCCGCACUGCGCGGCAGCUCCGCGCCACCGCUCACACACCUUGAACUCACCUUACCAUUGUUUAUCGGCUCAUUACCUGCCUACGUCCGUCCUCACAAAAUGUCCGGGGUGACCAGCAGUUUCAUAGGCGCUGUGCAACAAGUUUUCGUGAACGGCAAUCCACUAUCGUUAUACGGAGGGGAUACAGCCAAGUGUUCUGUAGUGGCUGAGGAAGAUAGACUGCCUUGCGCUACGAGCGGCGUGACUAAGUACACCGGACCGCCUUGCGGGGACGGUCUGACUCCAUGCAAAAACAAUGGUACAUGCAUACCUCUGCUGAAUGAAUACAAAUGUAUAUGCCUGGACGGUUACCAGGGAAGGAAUUGCGAGGUGCAAUUAAAAGUGGAGAUGUUAAACGAUGGAGCGCCCAUUAAGUUCGACGGAAAUAAUUAUUAUUCGUACAGAAGUCGGGGCGGCCGCAGGAACCGCAGCCUCCGUGGCAUUAGAUACGAGAUCAAAUUUCGUACACAUAACGACUCUGGCCUCUUGAUGUGGAGACGGAAAAUCGGUAUACGACCUCGCGACUUCAUCGGACUCGGAAUUAGUUACGGAAAAUUACAAUUAAUUUACACGGACACGGAUUCAAAGGAGAACUCCGCCACACACGAGGACUGGUUCCAAAGUGUGGAGUCUCAGGAUAGAGUGGACGACGGAUUGUGGCACACGGCCGUAGUGAGGCGACGCAAGAGACUUGCGAUGCUGCAAGUGGACGACAUGCCGCCGGUCAGAGGCUACUCGCAGUCGCUGCUGGUACCCUCGAAAGCGAACCCUAAGCUGUGGAUUGGCGGAGCUCCUUCGCUACCGCUGGGACUACCGCCGGCUCUCUACUCGGGACUACGCGGUUGUAUUGCGAGCGUGAAGUCCGGAGGCCGACACGUCGACGUCAAGGCGCCUAUACGACCGAUGUCCAUGGUUCGAUAUUGUGACUAAUCAUGCAAAUAAAGCUGAUCGUCCACUGAAUGCACUACGACGUACAGCGAUAUUUAUAGCGAUUUCAUUCGGACGGCGCGUUCGUCGAUGUUGCUUUAGUUUGCUGUAGCGAGUGUAGUGUGUUCAUUGAAACUCGUGGAGUGACUAAUUUGGAAGCUAUCUGGUUAGCGGUCAGCGAAGUUUAUUGAUAAGAAUUGUUAAUUAAACACAUUGUCAUAUCUAAAUCAUAUCUUUCAAAGGGUGAAUUAAUAAGUAUUAUUUUUUGUGUUUACAUAGUAGUGUAUAUACGAGGCGUAUCCGUCAUAUGUAAUAACGUGCAUAAAAGCACAUAGAUUGUUAUUAGUGUUUUAGCAAAUCGUCAAUAUCAAUAAAGUAACUGAAAUUGUGUUUUAUAUACUUUAAAUACAGUUCAUUGACAUUAAAUCUAUUCACAUAAACAUGCGAAAUAUGUCGCGUUACGCAGCGCAAAUUGAAGAUUAUAUUAAUAUUAUCUUAUGAAUGUCCCACCUUUAAACACUUACCAUUUUAAAUUGUUCUUUCGUGGUCACAUUUCACCAAUUUAUAAGAUGAACGCUGGUUCGAAACGCAAUUAUUCACUUUAAUUUUUUCUGUGUAAUCCAACUUAAUCAACAUAGUGGACAGUAAGCUUUAUUUUUAUAGGAAAUAUUCCAAAAAAUAUCGCUUCGAAUAAAUCGUCACCUUAAGAAAUCAACCAACCGAUACAUAACUGUUUCUCAAUCGUUUCAUAAUACUAUAAUAAUUGCUUAAGAUAUUUUAAAUAUAUCUGGUGUAUAAGACGAAGUAGCAGAACAUGUAUUCACAUCUAUAACCAAAAGAUAAUGUUGCCAUAAUAAUUUAUAUUCAUAGUUUAAGGAUGUAGUUUUAAAUAAAAUUGAAACUUCUUAAGUCGGUGCUCGGUUUACACGUCAGAGGUUUAUUAGAAUUGCGAACAAUAUAUAGUACGACAC